UCAAUGGGCGAUAAAAGAAUGGUUUUCUUCCGUUGAUGGUCGAUAAGGGUGUUUCUCUUCUACCAAGUGAUUAGGAAGGGAAAGAAUACCAGUGUACUUUGGUGCUUGGUAGCAGUCUUCUACAGUUACUUAAGCUUAACAGUGAUGCAAAGUGUAGAUGUUUUAUUGGAUGGCGACUCAAUGCAUCCUGGUAAAAGGGCAAAAAUUACCGCACAAGAUUCGUCAAAUAAGAAGAUGAAUGUAUAUAUAUGGGACAUGUAUGAGACACUAAUAUUGUUAAAGUCGUUGUUGAAUGGGACAUACGCUGAAGGUUUUAAUGGUUCCAAGGAUGUUCAGAAGGGUAUAGACAUUGGUAAGAUGUGGGAGAAGCACAUUCUUCAAAUAUGUGACGAUCAUUUCUUCUAUGAACAAAUUGAGAACUACAAUAAACCUUUACUUGAUUCGUUAAGGGAGUAUGAUGAUGGAAAAGAUUUGUCAGAUUAUGAUUUUAGCAAAGAUGGUGUUAGUUCUCCACAUGAUGAUCUCAACAAAAAGAAACUGGCUUAUUGGCACCGUAUUAUCGGGCAUAAGUAUGAACAGGGUUUGCGAAAUGUCAUAGAUCAAGAUACAAUGAAGCAAUUGGAUGAUCUUUAUGAGCUAACGGAUAGUUAUACAGAUAGGUGGCUCUCCUCGGCUCGGGCCUUCUUGGAGCAAUCUUCAGAAGGAAAGAACUCGACCCCUCAUCUUGCUGCAGCCAACGGAGUCACUGAAUCCUCUGACAGUAAAUCUGAUAAAGUGAACACUUCUUACCCUAUGAUAGCAGCCUAACUACACGAGAUUAAAUCUAGAACUAUCAAAACAUAUCUCGUACAAUGAGAGUUUUACAUAGUGGUGGAGUUUUUUAAAAUGCCCGUAUGGAUGAAUCAUUAUUUAACAUUACCAUGCAAGUAUGAGCAGCAUUUUGAUACUGCAGGAGACUGUCAAAAACAUUUUUCAGAAAAGAAUCCAGAUAUAUUCUUUUGAGAUCAUUUUUUGUUGCUCAAGUUGUGUAAAUAAUCAGACAUUUACAUUCUUUCAUUAUUUUUUCCAGUCUACAGCUCAUGGGAUGUGGGGAAACCAAAAUGUUUUUCAUGGAUCAAGGACCGUUUUAACGGCCCAAACGUGCAGUUUUGCGUAAUUGGAGAUGGAUGGGAAGAAUGUGAGGCUGCACAAAUAAUGAAAUGGCCACUUG